AAAUGUAAUUAUUUUUAUUUAUUUAUUUAUUCAUUUAUUCAUUUUUAUUUUAUUUAUUAUUACUUAUUUUAUUUAUUAUUAUUUAUUUUAUUUAACUUUAUCUAUUUAUUUAUUUUUUGUUACGUACCGAAGUACGAGGUGAUAUGACCAUCCAAUGACAUUAACUGCUUGUAUUGUUUCUUGAAUUGGCUCAUCGUUGUGCAUUGUUUGAGGUCCUUACUCAAUCCAUUCCAUAGUUUGAUUCCACAUACUGAAAUGCUAUGGCUUUUUAACGUAGUCCUAGCAUACAAGUGUUUCAAAUUUAGUUAUUCCCUGAGAUCAUAUUUCUCCUCUCUUGUUGUUGUUUAAUGUAAACAAGUGUUUGAACGCUUAUAAAAACAGUGCUGAACACUUUUAAUGUCCUCUUAAAGAUUCCGGAGCGUAUGACCAUGCAAAUAUUUGACAUGUCACACCUUAACAGCUGGUCCCCAGGUGUUUGUACAAUGGCGGCUACAGGUCUCCAAACCAUGCUGCCCAUGCAGAGUGAAUAUUAUCCAACUCGAGAACGUGCACCUGAACAUUCAACAGAAGCGGCACGGUGACCCCGGUGACACGCGCCGUGCGCCGCUCUGUUGUCCUGUGCUCACUGACAUGUCAAACGAGCAUGUUCAAUAUUUACACACGCCGUACUCUGUUGUCAUGGUGUCAGGUGUCUGCACGUGUCCUAAAGCGUCCAUUCUUUUUGUCCUUAAUGUUCCCAGUGUUCUCGUGGCGUAUUUGUGGCGGCGUGCCACACACCUGGUAGCACGUUAUAACACAUCUGUACAGAAACACACACACCAUUUUACAGAAAAAAAUGUUGAUUCGUCAUAAUUACAUGCAGCAUUAAACUGUGCAGAGAUUGAAAAGACGUGGUAAAACCGUUCCUUUUGUUCCGUUCCUGGAGGGUCUCUGUCCCGGACAUGGAAGCAGGAGACGGGUGAGUGGAGUUCAGGAUUUAUUAGAUCCAAAAGGAAGUUAAAAAAAGGCGAUGGUGUCAAAAGGGAACACCAUGGAAAACACGCAAAAGGGAGCUGGCUUAAGCUCCCUGCGGUCCUUACACUGAAACCGCCUGUUCCUCUGCGAUGUUUUCGUGAGCCAUCCCCUGGUGCUUGGAGGAGAGCAUGCCGGUGGAGAUGAAGGCGGGCCUCUCGUCAUCACUGCGGCUCCUGCUGCUUGGCUGCUGCGCCUGCGUGGCCACCCUGGGGUACCCCUUCAGACCGCCGCUGGACCUGGACGUGACGCCGCGCGUCACAGUGUUGAGCAGCAGUCUUCAUGGCUGCAGGCGUUUCCGCUCCUCCGCCAUCAACUACGGCACCAUGCUGCUGGAGGCUGACAGUGAGCAGCGCCUCUACGUCGGGGCCCGCGGGGCCGCAUUCGCUCUCGACGCUUCUGACAUCUCCGCCGCCUCUGCUCUGACUAUUGAGUGGGAGGCCUCCCCCGAGCUAAAACGUCAGUGUCUUCUCAAGGGAAAAGACAACAAGACGGAGUGUUUUAACCACAUCCGCUUCCUGCAGAGGUUCAACGCUACACAUCUCUACAUGUGUGGGACUCACGCCUUCAGUCCGAUGUGUGCAUUCAUAGAUGCUGAGAAGUUUGUAAUGUCUGCGCCUGAAGAGGGCCGAGACAAAUGUCCUUACGGGCCAAGGACGGGCUACACCGGCCUCAUCGUAGACCAGGAGAUGUACACCGCCUCCCAGUAUGAGUUUAGAAGCUUCCCGGACAUCCGCCGUAACUCUCCGUCUCCCACGCUGAAGACGGAGGAUGCUCCCACGCGAUGGCUGAACGAGGCCAACUUUGUGGGCUCUGCCCUGGUGAGGGAGAGCAUGAGCGGCAGCAGUGGGACGGGCGACGACGACAUGAUCUACUACUUUUUCACUGAGGGGAGCCCGGAGCAGGCUGGCACCUCCACCCACGGCAGGGUGGCGCGAGUGGCACGGAUUUGCAAGGGGGACCGAGGAGGCCGCCUAACUCUACAGAAGCGCUGGACGUCCUUCCUGAAGGCCAGGCUGACAUGUUCCCUGCCCGAGUACGACUUCCACUUCAACGAGCUGCGCAGCGUGUUCGUCAUGCCCGGAGACACGGCGAAGGAUACGCUCUUCUACGGCAUCUUUGGCCUUGGCUGGAAGAACAUAAAGGCGUCUGCAUUGUGUCGCUUCUCGCUGUCUGACGUCCAAGAGGCCUUCCAAGGACCUUACAUGGAGAACCAGGACUCCAACUGGAGGGAGUACACUGGAAAGAUCCCUGACCCGCGACCUGGAACUUGUAUCACCAACGCCAUGAGAGCCAAGGGCAUCAACGCGUCCACCUCCCUGCCCGACGACGUGCUCAACUUUGUCCGAAGACAUCCGCUGAUGUCCCGCCAGGUCGGGGCUUUAGACGGACGCCCUCUGUUGUUCAGGAGGACUACGGACUACACCCGCAUGGCAGUGAGCGCCGUGCAAGGCUUGGAUGGAGAAGCCUACCAUGUGUUGUACAUGGGGACGGAUGAAGGCUGGUUGCACAAGGCCGUACACGUGGAGGGUCACCUGCAUAUUAUCGAGGAGCUGCAGCUGUUUGAGGAACCGCAGCCGGUGGAGAACGUGCUGAUCUCUGAAAAACAGACGAGUGUUUACGUCGGCUCGCCGUACGGCGUGGUGCAGCUCCCCCACUCCAACUGCCGCAGGUACGCUUCCUGCUAUGACUGCAUCUUUGCCAGGGACCCCCACUGUGCCUGGAGCGGAGCCCACUGCGUGGAUAUUGCCGGGUACCCAGACAGAUCCACUCUAAUCCAGGACGUCCAGCGAGGCAACAGGGGGUGCGACACCACUCAAAGAGACGUCACCAUUCGUAGUCGCUUUGUUCGAGUCGGCGACGACGUGCUGCUGCAGUGCGAGCUCAGCUCCAACCUGGCCACGCCCCUUUGGACGCUGGACGCCGACGAGCUCCAUGGGUACGGCCUCAGUUCCGGGUUCAGGACCGGCAUCGACGGCCUGCUCAUCAUCGAGGCUCGGCAGGACCAGAGCGGCUUGUACACCUGCUACGCUCUUGAGAAUAAUGUCAAGGUUGCCGUGGUUACCUACAAUGUCACCGUUAGUCCAGACCUGGCCCCUCCUUCCCUGGUUGAAGAACAAGCUACCGCCUCACCGGUGCCCACGGCUCCGCCCUUGGCGCCUCUUCCCCCCCACUCGGAGCUGAUCUCCUCCAGGAGCAUGGAGGCCUUGUACCUGUCCCUCAUCACCAUCCUGGGCAGCCUUUGUGUGGUUCUCGCCGUGGUGCUGUUCUACGUCGGCUUCUGUCUUCGAGUGGGCCACGGAGGGAAGUACUCUCUACGGGCCGCUGCCGCCGCCUACCCAAGCUGCAAGAGAACCAACCGAAACAGGAAGCAGCAACGAAACUCCGCCCUCAUGGAGCUGAAGACCAUUUCCGGCCAUUGCAACGGGGUCUCGAAGCCUCCUCACGACGGAGGCUUCCUCCAAAUUGUUCCCGGUGAAGCUCACGCGGAGACACCUCCCCGGGCACCUCCUCCGCCCCCCACGCCGCCCGAGUGCAACUUCCCCAACGGCUUGUCUGCCACGUUGCCCAGCGUCCUGCGCAGGAUGAACGGCAACAGCUAUGUGCUGCUGAGGCAAAGCGACGCCGAGAACGCGUCAACGCUUUGCUCGCCCUUCGCGGACGAGCUCAACAGGAUCUUGGAGAAGCGUAAACAGCUGCAGCCGAGGCCGGACGAGAGCUCCGUGUAGCGCCCCCCCGGUGGUGGGAGGACGACAUUCGGGACAUGAUCUUGCACUCAAUUUUCCUAAAGAUGUGAACAACAAAGACAUGCUAGCAUGGGCAUGGAAUGGAAUAGCUUUCUACCUCACCUCGUGUCUCUGCCCUGAGGGACACCUGCAGCCUGGAGCGAGGAGAAGAAUAUUGAAACACACGUGAAGACUUCCAUAUUUGGAUGGACUCAGCGGAGGGCAGCGAGCCGACGUCUGCGUGCGCUAACGCCUAUGCAUUUUUCCAACUGAACGCAUCCUUUUUCACUAACCUUUAACACUCAAGGUACAGUACAAGGUACAGUACAAGGCACAGUACAAGGCACAGUACAAGGUACAGUACAAGGCACAGUACAAGGUACAGUACAACCUCGCUUUUCCUCGUUCAGUUCUAUCAGAAUUCUGUGUGAAAGGUAUAUUUGUUCCUGUCACAAAUACACAGUGCGCUUGAACGUGCCAUCAGUGCAUAACGCACAGAAAGGAGUCGUUCAUGAUUCUUAAAGAAACAGAACCAGAGGCCCACCUCUAAAACAAGCUCUGCUUCAGUCAACAACGUGUGGACGCUUUAUUGUCCCACUCCACUCAUUUCGAGAGGGGGGGGGGGGGGAUGAAAACCAAGGUACUGCUGUAGUUGGUAUUCACCAGUACGGGGGGGUUACAUGAGCUUGUCGCAAGAUCUCACGAGAUUCAAACAUAACAAGAUUUAUUGUUCAGAAAAAAACUGCCUACUGGUGUGUACUGGUGUGUACUGGUGUGUACACGGCCUGCGAGGAUAAUAAAUCCAUUCCGUAAUCCCACCAUGUUUUUCCUCUUGUGAGAUCAAAUGACUUAUUUUAUCUCGAUGAAGCCAUGGCCCAAAUUCAAAUGAACAAACCGUGAAUCCAUUGUCUCACCUACGAGGUUUGUGUUGCGAUAUGCAAAUCAAUCCAUGACGCCAUCUAUACUCUUAAAAAUGGUGAGUUAAAAACAAACCAAUUUGGGUAGUUUCCCGGCGCUGGUUAAAUAUUGGACCCAACAAAUUGGGUUGGCUCCCUUAAUACAACAAUUGGGUUGUUCAUACAAACCACUUUAAACCCAAGUCAGGUUGCUAAUAUCCAAUUCAUUCAUUCAUUUUCUACUGCUUUUUCCUCACGAGGGUCGCGGGGGUGCUGGAGCCUAUCCCAGCUGUCUUCGGGUGAGAGGUGGGGUACACCCUGGACUGGUCGGCAGCCAAUCACAGGGCACAUAUAGACAAACAACCAUUCACACUCCCAUUCAUGUAAAAGGCACCAAAUGAUCUGAUAACAUCCUGAUUUGGAUUCUGUGUAAAAGGCACCAAAUGAUCUGAUAACAUCCUGAUUUGGAUUCUGUGUAAAAGGCACCAAAUGAUCUGAUAACAUCCUGAUUUGGAUUCUGUGUAAAAGGCACCAAAUGAUCUGAUAACAUCCUGAUUUGGAUUCUGUUUAAAAUGCACUAAAUGAUCUGAUAACAUCCUGAUUUGGAUUCUGUUUAAAAUGCACUAAAUGAUCUGAUAACAUCCUGAUUUGGAUUCUGUGUAAAAGGCACCAAAUGAUCUGAUAACAUCCUGAUUUGGAUUCUGUUUAAAAUGCACUAAAUGAUCUGAUAACAUCCUGAUUUGGAUUCUGUGUAAAAGGCACCAAAUGAUCUGAUAACAUCCUGAUUUGGAUUCUGUGUAAAAUGCACUAAAUGAUCUGAUUUUUAGUAUAUUGAGGUCGCUAAGUAAAAAAUAGGACAAAAUAAUAAAAAAAUUGAAAAUGGUAUUUAAAAUGAUAAAAAAAAACAACAAAAUAAUUAAAAUUGCAUCACCUGAAACGCCGGCCGUAUAUCCACAUUUGGAUUUCAGUUCACCAAAGCUGGUAUCGGAAGUAUCGUCUUUCAGUAUCGAUCCACGCAUCACUACCACGUCAUAAUAAUAAUCAGAUCCAGCCAAUAUCCCCCCCCCCCCCCAGAAUGUAAAUGAUUUGAUCAAUAAAUAAAAGUCCCGCCUUUGCUUCUCCCUGACUACUUAAUGGCGUCUCUCGCUGCCUGGCUGGUUCAGUGGUUGAGUGGUUCAGUGUGACCUGACGCCCACAAUGAUUAGCUGGUGCAGCUCCUGCUUUGACGUGCCUUUUUUUUGAUUGAGACUAACGAGGCAGCGGCGUCAGGUUGGAAAAGGUGCGCUCCCGAGCUUUCCCGUCAGUGGUAUUGAUGAAAACCACGGAGGAGGGAGCUCUUCACGCGUUUAAACGCCGUCAUUAAAGCUCUUUCACCUCAUUUGGAAGACGCCCCGGCGCAUCUCCAGGGCUUCUUUGGAGGUGUCAGGCUUUUGCGGCGAAGACGGCGCCGAGCUCUUCGUAUUCCCUCUAAUUGUCUCUCUUAAUCCUGCAAAUGCAAUCUCCUGCAGGCGGAUUGUAAAAAUCAGCGAUACUAAAACCCGGACCUUCUCCUAAUGAGCAGGGAGCCACAAACAAGUCAGACGUUCUUAUUCAGCAACUUUGUUCUCGCCCUGAAAAACCUUGUCCGUGUCAAUGUUUUGUAUAAAAGGCACCAACACGUACGAUGUUUGUCCAGCCUUGUUCUGCCUUCUGAGGCCGUACCACAAGACCCUUUCACACUGCCACUAAAAGUCUGCAUUUUCCUGCCUUUUUUCCCGUCAUUGUUCUUUAUAAACCGCACCGACACGGGAUGGUAGAGAAUGAUGUUCUGCCUUCUGAGGUGCUGUCAGCAUUCUUAUGUAUGAACUACACACGGGUAGAAUCAGAGAAUCGAAUGGAUUAUCCUGAUUUGGAUUCUGUGUAAAAUGCACUAAAAGAUCUGAUAACAUCCUGUUCUGGAUUCUGUGUAAAAGGCACUAAAAGAUAUGAUAACAUCCUGAUUUGGAUUCUGUGUAAAAUGCACUAAAUGAUGUAAUAAUAUCCUGAUUUGGAUUCUGUGUAAAAGGCACUAAAUGAUCCUGGUAGAAUCAGAGAAUCAAAUGGCUUGUUAACAAAAAACAUCCUGAUAACAUCCUGAUUUGGAUUCUGUGUAAAAUGCACUAAAUGAUGUAAUAAUAUCCUGAUGUGGAUUCUGUGUAAAAGGCACUAACUGAUCUGAUAACAUCCUGAUUUGGAUUCUGUGUAAAAGGCGCCAAAUGAUCUGAUAACAUCCUGAUUUGGAUUCUGUGUAAGAGGCACUAAAUGAUUUGAUAACAUCCUGAUUUGGAUUCUGUGUAAAAGGCACUAAAUUAUCUGAUAAUAUCCUGAUUCGGAUUCUGUCUAAAAGGCACUAAAUGAUCUGAUAACAUCCUGAUUUGGAUUCUGUGUAAAAGGCACUAAAUGAUCUGAUAACAUCCUGAUUUGGAUUCUGUGUAAAAGACACUAAAUGAUCUUAUAAUAUCCUGAUUCGGAUUCUGUGUAAAAGGCGCUAAAUGAUCUGCUAACAUCCUGAUUUGGAUUCUGUGGAAAAGGCACUAAAUUAUCUUAUAAUAUCCUGAUUCGGAUUCUGUGUGAAAGGCACUAAAUGAUCUUAUAAUAUCCUGAUUCGGAUUCUGUGUAAAAGGCGCUAAAUGAUCUGCUAACAUCCUGAUUUGGAUUCUGUGUAAAAGGCACCAAAUGAUCUGAUGAUAUCCUAAUUUGGAUUCUGUGUAAAAGGCACCAAAUGAUCUGACAACAUCCUGAUAUGGAUUCUGUGUAAAAUGCACUAAAUGUUCUGAUAACAUCUUGAUAUGGACUCUGUGUAAAAGGCACCAAAUUAUCUGAUAACACCCUGAUUUGGAUUCUGUGUAAAAGGCACCAAAUGAUCUGAUAAUAUCCUGAUUUGGAUUUGGAUGUAAAAGGCACAAAGCUCCAUUGUUGGGAAUUGUGCAGCAUCUCUCUGUAAGAAGCUACUGAUAUGGCUUGGACGUCUCAAUUUUCUGGGAAUUCUGUGUGAAAGUUAUUCGACUGUGGGAUGCCGACAAUGCAUCCGUAUUCCAUUUUCCCCCGAGUUCUGUGAUAAAAGACACAUACGGAUGAACUCCGGUGCAGCUCUGAUAUGACAACUGUGUGUCACGUCUGUGUGAAAGAGGCUUAAUGAUCUCAUUCUGGGACUUUGUGUUGCUGUGUGAAAGUCCUCGCAGUUGCAGCGAGAUCCCAUUUGCCUGCGUCUACUGUUGGCGUAAUCUCACAGGAACAAAAUAGCGUGCUGCUGUGUGAAAGUGUACACUGUUGUGCCAAUACUCACUUACAUGUGUGUGUGUGUGUGUGUGGUUCCCCAUUGUGCACAUUUUGUGUAAAAUGGGUUUUUAUUUUGUACUUGAUGUGAGACAGUCUGUCACUGAGGGCUGCUCAUUUGCUUGAGUUGCACAAUUAAUGCAUGAAACGUUUACCCACAGAAAGUCACUAAUGUAUUGCAUCUGUAGGAAUAUACACAAUAUACACAAUAUACACAAUAUACACAAUAUACACAAUAUCCAGGCUGCGUUAUGACUUUUUUUCCUGUCACUAUUGUUGUGCAUGUUACACCACUCUUCCCUUUUCCACUGGAAUUGGCUUCAAAUAAACUUUGUACUUCAACCUUC